AUCUGUUUAUUUCCGGUACAAGCGGAAGUGGAUCCAAGGGGCUUGUGUAGGUGACCGAAUGGCAGCCAGCUGAAGUAUUUUGAAAAUAUCCCAGCACAGACAACCGGACUAAACAAAUUAAAGUGCAUACUAUAUAAAGGAUACCAUGGGCGCUCACCUGGUCAGGCGGUAUAUUACCGAGACCGACACCGAACCGGACCCGGCGAAGAAAUUCGAGUUCGAGCCCCAGUUUGGGUUUCCUGAGAGGAAAGAGCGAGAGAUGGUUGCAACCCAGGAGCAGUUGAACCUGGCCCAGCUGCCUCUGGAGCAGAGGGACUAUUGUGCUCAUCACCUCCUCAAGCUUAUGAAGUGCAAAAGGGACAACUGGCCAAACUUCCUUGCCUGCAAACAUGAGAGACAUGACUGGGACUACUGUGAACACCAGGACUAUGUGAUGCGGAUGAAGGAGUAUGAGAGGGAGAGGAGGCUCCAGCUGAGGAAGAAGAGACUUGAGGCCCAGGCUGAAGCUGCAUAAUAAAGCACAUCUGUUUCCUCAUCUCUGUAUAUAAUUUACAAUUUACACUGUUUCACAUUAAACAGUGCUGCUUAAUAACGUA